AAUCAAACAAAAACCAACAAGCAAGAAGAGAGAGAGAGAGAGAGGAGGGGGGCAACGCAGCAACCAACGGGGGAAGGGGAAGGGCGAGGAAGACCGCGUCGUGUUCCUCGUCCCGUCUCCUCUCCUCUCCACCCCCUUCGCGUUGCUUCUGACUUCCGAUUAGAUCAAGAAAACGAGGAAGGAAAGGAAGCGAUGGGGUGCUUUUCAUGCUGCGGUGCCAGUGAUGUUGGCAAGAAGAAGAAGCGCGAUGAUCCUUAUGUUCCGGUCCCUGCCCCAGGGGGUAACUAUGGUUAUAACCGGGGGUCAGUGCCAACCCAUGCCAUCCGUACCAGCAGAAGCCAGCCAAUUGAAGUACCAGCCAUUCCCCUAGACGAAAUUAAGGAAAUAACCAAGAAUUUCAGCAGUGAUGCUCUUAUAGGAGAGGGUUCAUACGCAAGAGUUUUCCUUGGUGUACUGAAGGAUGGCAAGAAUUCUGCAGUGAAGAGGCUUGACUCCAGCAAACAGCCUGACCAAGAAUUCCUUGUGCAGGUAUCGGCCGUUUCAAGACUCAAGCAUGACAAUGUUAUCCAACUUCUCGGGUACUGUGCUUUAGGGAGCACCCGUAUUCUUGCUUAUGAGUAUGCAACAAGGGGCUCCUUGCAUGAUGUUCUCCAUGGUAAAAAGGGUGUCAAGGGAUCCCAACCAGGACCAAUCCUAUCAUGGAUGCAGCGGGCGAGGAUCGCUGUCUACGCUGCGAGAGGGCUCGAAUUCCUCCACGAGAAGGCAGAGCCACGUGUCGUCCACCGUGAUAUCAAGUCCAGCAACAUACUGCUCUUUGACAACGAUGUUGCAAAAAUAGGAGAUUUCGAUGUGUCGAAUCAGGCCCCUGACAUGGCUGCACGCCUUCAUUCUACACGUGUUCUUGGCACCUUUGGUUAUCAUGCUCCUGAGUAUGCAAUGACUGGGCAGCUAAGUGCAAAGAGCGAUGUAUACAGCUUUGGAGUGGUGUUGUUGGAGCUUUUAACUGGCCGCAAACCAGUUGAUCAUACACUACCUCGUGGCCAGCAGAGCCUUGUGACAUGGGCUACACCAAGGCUAAGUGAAGACAAGGUGAGGCAGUGUGUAGAUCCAAAGCUUGGUGUGGAUUACCCUCCAAAGGCUAUCGCCAAGAUGGCUGCCGUGGCUGCUCUGUGCGUGCAGUACGAGGCGGACUUCCGGCCAAACAUGAGCAUCGUCGUCAAGGCUCUGGCUCCGCUGCUGCACACUCGGUCAAGCAACCGACCUGCCGGCUCAGCCUCCGCCGUCGAGUGAUCUCCAACCGGCUGCAUGCGCGCGCAGGUGAUUUUGCCGAUUGCGAUGAUCUGGUGAUGCUUACGGCGGUUUUGCCCUGGAUUUUGUGGGGUGGCGUUGUACAUGUGUGGUAAAGUGAGGUGAGGUUUGGUGUGAUCUCAUUUUCUUUCUCCCUUGGCGGGGGCUCGCGCUGUUUGUUGUACAUUGGCCCCUGCAUUGCUUCGUCUGGUGGCCUCUCGACCUCUCCUAGUAUUAGUGAGCAAAUCAAUGGACGAUGUGCUUCUUGCUUGGUCA